AUGGAUCUUUGGUAUUGUUCAAAUUGUUCCUUGAGCAAUGCCACCCUGGAAAACCCUACUUCACAAGCCAACCAAACUUCAGUCAUAAAACGGAACGAGGACAUUGCCAAGGUGGAGGUUGCGGUGCUCUGCCUCAUCUUUUUCCUCGCCUUGACGGGAAACUUGUGUGUGCUGCUGGCUAUCUACACAACCCGCCACAAACAUUCCCGGAUGUACUUCUUCAUGAAGCAUCUGAGCAUUGCUGACCUAGUUGUGGCCAUCUUCCAGGUCUUGCCUCAGCUCAUUUGGGACAUCACCUUCAGGUUCAAAGGGCCAGAUUAUCUCUGUAGGUUGAUCAAAUACCUGCAAGUGGUGGGGAUGUUUGCUUCCACCUACAUGCUCUUGUUGAUGUCACUGGAUCGGUGUCUGGCCAUCUGUCUACCCUUGAGGUCUUUACAUCAGAGAUCUGACCGGUUGUCUGUGCUCCUCACAUGGAUUGUGUGCCUCCUCUUCAGCAUCCCACAGCUCCAAAUAUUUUCUAUGAAGAAUGUGUCCCAUGGAGGAAUGGAUUGCUGGGCGACAUUCAUUCAGCCUUGGGGUCCUAAAGCCUAUGUCACCUGGAUGACCUUGACUGUGUACAUCAUCCCAGUGAUUGUGCUAAGUGUCUGCUAUGGCUUGAUCAGCUUCAAAAUUUGGCAAAAUGUGAAGCUAAAAACUGUCCAUGAAACAAGUGUGAGCCUAACCUCUAGUAAUUCUCACGGAGGCACCCUCUCCAGGGUGAGCAGCAUCAAGCUCAUUUCCAAAGCCAAGAUACGGACAGUCAAAAUGACCUUUAUUAUUGUCUUAGCCUUCAUUAUGUGCUGGACUCCUUAUUUUAUUGUGCAGAUGUGGCUUGCAUGGGAUGAAAAUGCUCCGAAAGAAGAUUGGACAUUCAUAAUCACCACACUCCUAGCAAGUCUGAACAGCUGUUGUAACCCCUGGAUCUACAUGCUUUUCACAGGUCAUCUUUUCCACGAUCUUUUGCACCGGUUCCUUUGUUGUUCUUCACGGUACUUAAAAGCUCGGCAAGGAUGUGACCUGAGCGUCAGCAAAAAAAGCAAUUCAUCCACUUUUGUUCUGAGUCUCAAAAGCUCCAGUCAAAGAAGUUUUACCCAGCCAUCCACAGCAUGAUCUAGAAAGAUUCAGCUGUCUGCAGACUAUACUAAAAUGUUUGGUUAGAAAUGGCUUUGGUGUCUACUUAAGAAAAUGG